AUGAGAAUCCUCAUGGUAGGAUUAGACGCUGCAGGGAAAACUACAAUUUUAUAUAAACUUAAAUUAGGAGAGGUGGUAACCACAAUCCCAACUAUUGGAUUCAAUGUUGAAACUGUAGAAUAUAAAAAUAUAUCCUUCACUGUUUGGGAUGUUGGUGGCCAGGACAAAAUUAGGCCUCUUUGGAGACAUUACUAUACAAAUACUGAUGGCAUAAUAUUUGUGGUUGAUAGCAACGAUAGGGAGAGAAUAAAUGACUCCAGAGAUGAGCUUAUGAGAAUGCUUGGAGAGGAUGAGCUUAGGGAUGCCACACUCUUGGUUCUAGCGAACAAGCAAGAUUUACCUAAUGCAAUGAGCGUCACAGAAGUCACUGAGAAACUACAACUCAGCUCUUUGAGACACAGGAGUUGGUUCAUUCAAUCAACUUGCGCCACUGCUGGUGAUGGAUUAUAUGAAGGACUUGAUUGGCUUGCAAGGAAUCUUGAGAAAGCCGCUUCUUAA